UUCUGCUUUCUCAAACCAAAGCUGUGAAGCUGUAUCAAGAUGGAGCGGAUUGUGUUUUUUGGCGCUUUUUUAUCGCUGUGUUCAUGUGAAGUAAAUGAGUUCCAAUAUGUGUUUGUGGAGCAUGGAAAGGACUUACACCUGGAUAUAGGGAAAUCUGUUGUACUAGACAAAAAAACAGAUUUUUUCUGGAAAUUUAAUAAAACUAACAAUGUAGCUAAAUGUGUUUUUAAUAAUGAUCCAGUUGUGUUUGACAAAUAUGAAGGAAGGGCUGAGCUCUUCAGGCAAAAUUACUCUUUGCUAUUAAAGAAUGUACAACACAGUGACAGUGGAGAUUAUACUGCACUUGUGGUUUGGGCACAAGACCAAAAGGUAGCUGAAUACAAAGUCAUAGUCCAAGAUCCAGUGUCUCCAGUUGACCUGACAGUGGACUCUGUGUCUGCCAGCUCAGAGUCCUGUGUCCUUGCUGUGAACUGCAGCACAGUGGAUUCAUCCAUCCACCAUUCUUUUAGAUGUGAUGACAAAAACUGCUCUCAGGUCAAAGAAAAGACAUUUAAACCCACAAACUAUUCAUCCUCUAUCAUUGUCUACCUCCAGCAAGACUUUAUCCUGUGUAAUCACAGCAACCAAGUUAGCUGGGAAUACAAUAAGAUCAAGUUUGACUGCAAGACAAUUACAGUUCCCAGUAGAGCCACCCUAAUUCAGAUUUCAACUUCAGUUGGUCUCUUUCUCUUGUCUGUCUUCAUUGCCCUUUGCAUUGUCACAAAAUGUAAGUCCCAGUCUGUUUUUAAGCAGCAACAACAGUGAAUCUACACUAAAUACAC